UCACCGAUCCACGGAAAGAGCUGGAGAUGUUGGCUUGGUCAUGUGAUCAGCUGUGUCCAAUCACAACUGAUCACUGAUGAUCAGUGUGCCCUGAUAAUAUGUGUAGCCCCAGCAGUGCCACCUGUCAGUAUCCAUCAGUGCCAGCUCUCAGUGCUCAUCCAUGCCACCUGCCAGUGCCCAUCAGUGCCAGAUUUCAGUGCUCAUCAAUGCCACAUGUCAGUGCCCAGCUGAACUGCCUUUUAGUGCCACCUAUCAGUGCCACCUAUCAAUGCCAGUCAUUGCCACCUAUCAGUGCUGCCAAUCAGUGCCACCUAUCAGUGACAGUCAGU